AUGGAUUCAAAAAAGAACGAGAAUUUUGAUAUGGGUCAUCUGUCGCCAGAGAAAGCACAACACGGGGAAGCAAUUGACAUCUCUCAGUUGCCUCCACUCCUCCAGAAUCUGGCAGUAGAGGAGCGAGAAGCGUUGGAAAAACGUUUGGUGCGAAGGCUGGACAUUCGUCUGAUGCCCAUGUUGGUUCUCAUUUAUAUUCUCAACUAUUUGGACAGAAAUGCAAUUGCGGCAGCUAAGUUAGCAGGCCUGACCGAGGAUCUGGAGUUGUCAUCUGUACAAUUUCAAACUUGCGUUAGUGUACUCUUCGUGGGUUACAUCUUGAUGCAAGUUCCGUCCAAUCUAUUCUUGAACAAAGUUGGUAAACCUGCCUUGUAUCUUCCUACAUGCAUGGUUGCUUGGGGUAUACUGUGUGGAGCAAGCGGAGCUGCUCAAAACUUCGGUGGCUUGGUUGCCUGUCGGUUUCUACUUGGCUUUGUGGAAGCCGCAUACUUUCCUGGUUGUAUGGUGACCUUGAGCGCCUGGUAUACCCGAAAAGAGUUAUCCUUACGAACAGCAAUACUUUACUGUGGCUCUCUUCUUUCGGGCGCCUUUUCAGGGCUUAUUGCAGCCGCAAUUACGGACAACAUGGAUGGUGUCCGCGGACUCCGAGCUUGGAGAUGGAUAUUCAUUAUUGAGGGCGCAAUCACGGUCGUCGUGGCUUUCAGUGCUUAUUUUGUGCUAAUCAACUUUCCGCAUAACACGACGGGCAUAUCUGACACGGAAAGGGAGUUGGCAAUAUGGCGCCUAAGAAAAGAUAUCGGAGCCCAAGACGAAGAGCCAGAAGAGAAUUUGAGCCUAGUUGGGGGGUUCAAACAGUGCAUAUCUGACUGGAAGGUGUGGUUUCUGGUCACUCUCGUGUUUGGAGCAACAUCCAGUGGCACCAUCAACAGCUUCUUCCCAACCGUCGUGGAAGGCCUAGGAAAGGACAAGAUCCAGACUCUUCUCUUGACCGUUCCACCCUACAUACUGGCCUGUAUUGUUGCCAUGCUGGUUUCUCUCAACGCCGAUCGGUCAGGUGAACGGUACUUUCAUUUCACUAUCCCGCUGUGGGUUUCAAUUGCCGGCUUUAUCAUCUCGGCUUCGACCACCCAGUUUGGCCCGAGGUAUUUUGCCCUCAUGAUAAUGCUUCCAGGUGUCUAUACGGCUUUCAUCAUUGGUAUUACAUGGGUUGCAAAUACCUUGCCCCGACCUUCGGCCAAAAAGGCCGCAGCGCUUGCUUUUGCCAACGCGAUCGGAAACUGUUCCUCGAUUUACAGUCCGUAUCUUUACCCUAGCAGUGGUGCACCGCGUUUUGUGCUUGCUAUGAGUGUUAAUGCCGCAACUUCAUUGCUGUCGAUUAUCACUGCGAGUAUCUUCAGGUUCCUUCUUCAACGCCUAAAUAAGGGGUUGGAUAGGGAGGAGGUUGAGGAAUGUGACCAGGAGGGUGAACGUGUGCAAAAAUUCCGGUUCCUUUUGUGA